AUGGAGUGUAGAAAGUUUGAUCUCAAACUUAUAUCAGCUACUAAUCUGAGAGACGUACGUGAGAAAUUUAGGAUGAAGGUUUAUGCAGUGGUUACUAUUGCAGGCAAAGCAAAAACAGAGAGACGAACUCCGGUAGAUAAGGAAGGCGAGACCAAUCCUACUUGGAACUUCACGUUGCAAUACAUGAUCGGGAUUGAGGUGGUGAUCACCUUAUACUGCAAGCGAACCCUAGGGGAUCGAUAUAUAGGAGAGGUGCGUACAUCCAUUAAACAACUCUAUGAGCAGCAUCCAAAUGUCAAUGGAGGAGGCGCUAAUAUAUUGACACGUCAAGUGCAAAGUAGCAGUGGAAUUUCUCAGGGAGAGCUGAAAUUUUCAUUUGGUUUUGGAGAGACAGUUAUCAUCUAA